UUAAUCAAGCGAAAAGGCAAAACGUUUUUCUCCCUUUCUAUUUCGUUUUACCAUUUACCAUUACCAUUGCCACCACUUGGCCCAAGGCCCAUCACAUCAGGCUAAAAUUAAUUGUUUUGUUAUCAUAAACAUAAUAAACAAUACAAAACACGUUCACUGAGUGCACUUUUUUAAUUGUUAGAAGUUAGUACAAAAACAUGACUAUGUCAUCUAAGGAAAAAUCCGAAGAAAUGGAAUGGUCUGCCGAAGAAGAAAUCCAAUUGUUUUUCGCAUUGGAAGGCCUCAAGCCCGUCGGUGUAAAUAAACAUUUUUACAUGGCUUGCAUCGCAGAUCGACUAUCGAGAUCGUUAAAUCGUGACAUACCCGCCGAACAAAUUUGGGCGCAUCUACGCACGUUAUACAAUCUCGAUGUUCUGGAUGAAAUGGAACCAUUGCCAUUUCCCAAUGAUCAGAAAGAUUUCUCGCUUCCCGAGACCGAAUUCAGUGUUCUGAUGUCUCGAAAACAGGCCGAAACCGAAGAGAAGAAAAUCAAUGAGGCAUCUCAAUCAAAACCAAUUGAAAAACCAGCAGUGGCGGCUAAAGUGAAUGUUGCACCAAUCAAGGAUUUAGAUAAGAAAAUUGUUGCAAAGCUUGUCGAAGCUCCAAAACGCACACCAAAGCGGACCAGAGGGUCGAUGUCAUUGGAGUCGAAUAGUCCCUCGACUACACCACCUCCAUUACAAGCCCACAAGAGGAGACGAAUCUAAGGGCACAAACAACUAAUUUGCGACUCCUAUUCGGGAGUAUAUAUAUAUAAAACAUAUUUUUGUAUAUCAUUUAAGUAAUAAUUGUUGUAAAUUUUAACACCUAAAGGUACCACAAGACAGAACCAAGUUGGUAUAACUGACAGUAGUUUUGCUUAGAUUUAAAACGUUUUCGUUUUAAUUUUUAAUUUUAGAAACCAAGAUAAAAGUAAGUGAAAUCAAAAUUAGAAACCUAACCUUCCGAUUCGUAGGCGAAGCUUUCGUUUGUGAAACUACGUCCUUAGUGGUGCUACAAGCUUAAGUUAGAGUCUUUCUAUAAGAAGUUGCCUAUUUGCACAGUAAUAAUAAUAUUAAAUAUGCAAUCAAUAACAUUUUAACCGAUAUACAUUUAAAGUGUAAUGUAUAGAGAUACAAGCAAUCAUAUAAAUUUUAUUUAAAAGAAAGUUAAAUAACUAUAGUUUCAGAAAGUGGAAAAAAGUGCAUUGACUUAAAAGUAAGAAGCAUUUAAAGUCAGGGUAAAGUAUAUAAGAAGAACUUACAUAUAUAAUGUUUUUAUGUAGAAUAUAUACCUUUUAGUCUGUUUACUUUGCAAAUUUACACACCUAUUUAUGGCCUGGUAUUCAAGAAAAUUUGAAACAAAUUUUACACAAAUAAAUACAAAAAAAGAUAAAACAAAACUCUCGAUAUUAAAAUUAUGUUGUAAUAUUAACUUUAUGUAAUUGUAAAAAUAAAAUUUCCAAAGAUAAAUACUGAAAAUUCAUAAAAUAAAUA